AGGAAUGCUAAACUUCCUUCUAGAUUGGUUUUCAGGGGAAGUUGAUGAUAAUGUCAUCUUGAAAAUAGCACAACUAAUCCAGACAAUUGGAGGACACAGUAUAUCCGGAAAGGAUAUUCGAAAGAUCUUUGCCCUUCUUCGAAGUGAGAGAGUGGGGAAUAGACAAAGAUACCGCUCUCUGUUAUUGGCGUGCUUACUGUCAAUGCUAAAUGAAAAGGGGCCAACUGCUUUUUUUGAUAUGAAUGGGAUUGAUUCUGGUAUUGUAAUCAGAACACCUGUUCAUUGGCCUGUGAAUAAGGGGUUUUCCUUUUGCUGUUGGCUUAGGGUAGAAAGCUUCCGUGGAGGUGGGAAGAUGGGUAUCUUUAGUUUUCUGUCAAAAAAUGGAAAGGGAUGCUUUGCUGCGAUUGGGAGGGAUGGUUUGUCUUAUGUUUCACUGAAUCUGAAACGGCAAUGUGUAGAUGUGCAUGCCAAUUUGGUCAGUAGAAAAUGGCAUUUUGUUUGUGUUUCUCAUAGUAUUGGAAGAGCUUUUUGGGGUGGUAGCCUCCUGAGGUGUUACGUUGAUGGUGAUCUUGUAUCGUCUGAAAGAUGCAGCUAUCCGAAAGUUAAUGAUGUUCUUACUAGCUGCUUGAUUGGUACAAGACUUGCACUUCCACAUAUCCAAGAUAACGAUGGUCUUGAAUUCAUUCGAGAUUCACUUCCAUUUUUUGGUCAGAUUGGUCCCAUUUACUUGUUUAAUGAUGCCUUGUCUUCCGAGCAAGUCCAGGUCAUAUUUUCACUGGGACCAAGUUAUAUGUAUGCUUUCAUGGAGAAUGAGAUGAAUGGCCCCUUUUCUGAUAAUCAGCGCCCUAGUGGAGUUCUUGAUGGGCUUGCAUCCAAGGUUUCCUUUGGACUUAAUGCGCAGGCGAGUGAUGGUAGGAAACUGUUCAACGUGUCACGGAUGUUGGAUCAUUUACAAGAUAGGAACAUGUUUGAGGCAAGUAUUAUGGUUGGUACACAGUUAUGCUUGCGGCGCUUGCUCCAGCAGAUUAUUUACUGUGUUGGAGGGAUAUCUGUGUUCUUUCCGUUGAUUACUCAAUCUGAUAUAUGUGAAAGUGAGGCUGAUGGACAUGUAGAGCACAUUUCAGUUAUGCAUGCUACAAAAGAGCGUAUGACUGCUGAAGUAAUUGAACUUAUCGCUUCUGUCUUGGAUGACAAUCCAGCAAAUCAGCAACAGAUGCAUUUCCUAUCUGGAUUCUCCAUCCUAGGCUUCUUGUUACAGUCUAUUCAACCAAAGCAACUGAAUUUCGAAACUCUUUCAUCCCUUAAGCACCUAUUCAAUGUUAUCUCAAGCUGCGGGUUUGCGGAGCUGCUUGUGGAAGAUGCUAUAUCUAGUAUUUUCCUCAAUCCCCACAUCUGGUUAUAUGCAUCCUAUAACGUUCAACGUGAGCUCUACAUGUUUCUCAUCCAACAACUUGAUAAUGAUCCACGACUUCUGAGAAGUCUUUGUCGACUCCCAAGAGUUAUUUACAUGAUAUGUAACUUCUAUUGGGAUGUUGAAAAACACGGUUCUGCAAAAGGAAUCAAGCCUCUACAGCAUCCAACAACAAGAAAAACUCUUGCAGAAAGACCAAGUCGAGAAGAAAUACAUAAAAUUCGUCUUCUUUUGCUGAGCAUAGGUGAAAUGAGUCUGAGACAGGAUAUUAUAGCAGCAGAUGUAAAAGCUUUGAUGGCAUUUUUCGAGACAUGUCAGGAUGUAGCAUGCGUUGAAGAUGUUCUUCACAUGGUUAUCCGUUCCAUCUCCCAAACAUCAAUCCUUGCUUCUUUUCUUGAACAAGUCAAUCUGAUCUGUGGAUGUCACAUAUUUGUCAAUCUUCUCCAGAGGGAUUAUGAGCCUGUCAGAUUGCUUGGGUUGCAGUUCCUUGGAAAACUUCUUUAUGGUGUACAUUCAGAGAAGAAAGGUCCUAGGUUUUUUGGUCUAGCUGUGGGGCGGUCCAAAUCUUUGUCAGAGAGCCAAAAGAAAUUUGUGGCUAGAACACAGCCAAUUUUCUUCGCCAUGUCUGAUAGAUUGUUUCAAUUUGCUCAGACAGAUAAUUUGCGUGCAACCUUGUUUGACGUUCUUCUUGGUGGUGCUAGCCCGAAACAGGUUUUGCAGAAAAAUAACCAGAUCGAGAAGCAGAAAAGCAAAGGAAGCAACUCACACUUUUUUCUUCCACAAAUUUUGAUUCUUAUUUUCAAAUUCUUGUCUGGCUGCAAGGAUGGGUCAGCAAGAAUGAAAAUAAUCAGUGACAUACUUGAUCUUCUUGAUUCUCACCCAAUGAAUAUUGAAGCUUUAAUGGAAUAUGGCUGGAAUGCAUGGUUAUCAGCUUCAGUGGAACUUGAUGUGAUUAAAGACUAUAAAUCCGAGUCACAAAAUCAUGAUGACAUGGCAAUAAAUGAACAACAUUUUGUCAGGAGUCUUUUCUGUGUUGUUCUAUGUCACUAUAUUUUAUCGGUGAAGGGAGGGUGGCAGCAGUUGGAGGAAACUGUGAAUUUUAUACUUUUGCAGAGUGAGCAAAAUGGUGCCUCGUACCGGUCUUUUCUUCGUGAUAUCUAUGAGGACUUGAUUCAACGUUUGGUAGAAUUAUCAUCUGAAGAUAGUAUUUUGAUUUCACAACCUUGCCGGGACAAUGUGCUGUAUUUCCUGCGGCUGGUCGAUGAGAUGCUUGUCAGUGAAAUUGGCAAUAAGCUCCCGUUUACAGCAAGUGAAUUUCCUGGUGAUCUGUUAGAGUCAGAAAGCCGUGAGGUCCCCAGUUCAGCUUUGGAUAAAGGUUCCCAACAAUUACUGACAGAAGAAACCUCUAGGUCUGGUGAUGCUGUCGUUCUCAUAUUUGUUCACAGAAACACAGAAAAUCUGCAGUCUUGUACCCCAAGAAAUGAUGAACACAUCAACAAUGAAAGCUGGUGGAAUUUGUAUGACAAUUUGUGGAGAGUAAUUUGUGACCUGAAUGGAAAGGGUCCAGGAAAGAUCACACCCAAAUCUUCAGCGUCUUCUCCCUCUAUUGGUCAGAGAGCAAGAGGAUUAGUAGAAUCCCUUAAUGGUCCUGCUGCUGAAAUGGCUGCAGUUGUUGUGUCUGGAGGAAUUGGCAGUGCACUGACUGGAAAAGUUAACAAAAGCGUUGACAAAGCUAUGCUUCUAAGGGGAGAAAAGUGCACACGUAUUGUAUUUAGGCUAGUAAUUCUUUACCUGUGCUUGUCUUCCCUGGAAAAAGCUUCUAGAUGCGUCCAGCAGGUCAUCUCACUCUUGCCUUCCUUUCUAGCUGCUGAUGAUGAGCAAACCAAGAGUAAAUUGCAUCUCUUUAUCGGGUGUUUACUUUACAUGAGAUCCCGGUAUGGAAUGUUAGAUGAUGGUGCACGUUUUCAUGUCAUAUCACAACUGAUACGUGAAACUGUCAGUCUUGGAAAGUCCAUCCUGGUGACAAGUGGUGUUGGCAGGGAUGACCACUCUGAAUCUGGUGGCAUCUUUAGAGAAACGGGCUCUAUCCAUAAUCUCAUCCAGAAAGACCGAGUACUUGCUGCGGUCUCUGAUGAAACAAUGCACAUGAAGACAGUGCUUUCUGAUCGUACUAGGCAAGUUGAAGGUCUUGGUGACAGGAUAAAUGAAACAUUGUCUUUAGAAUCCUGCAACAAAAAAGCUUUCGAUGAUGACUUACAAAGCGUCCUAACUUCUGUUCUUGCAUGGGAUGAAAAUAGAAAAGUUGCAUUGCAACUGAGCCAUGAAGAGCAACAGCAAAAUGUUGCUGGGAAAUGGAUUCACAUGUUGCGAUCUCUGAUGGAUGAGAGAGGUCCUUGGUCUGCAACUCCUUUUCCAAAUAACAUUCUAAGGCACUGGAAACUUGAUAGGACGGAAGAUUCUUGGAGACGUAGACCAAAGUUGAGACGCAAUUAUCAUUUUGAUGAAAAGCUGUGUUAUCCACCUUCUGCUGGCACUGCAACUGAGAAUGAGAAUUCGAGCAUUGUAAAUGAUAGGUCAAGUGUGAUACAAUUACCUGAACAAAUGAAGAGAUUUUUGCUGAAAGGCAUCCACAGAAUAAUGGAUGAGGGUGGUUCAGAAUCCUGUGAGAAUGAUAGCAAUCAAAGUGAGCCAAGUUUCUCAGACAGUCCUGCGGAUAUCCCGAUCUCUGAGGUCAUGAGAAGCGGAAGUGGCCUCAAGGAUGUCAUCCAAGAAAAAUCAGACUCUUCAUCUGUAGAAAUGGAACCCAGUGAGGUUUUAGUAUCAGUUCCUUGUGUCCUUAUAACUCCUAAGCGGAAACUAGCUGGUCGCUUGGCAGUUAUGAAGAAUGUCUUGCAUUUCUCUGGGGAGUUUUUGGUGGAAGGGACUGGUGGAUCGGCCGUAUUCAAGAAAUUUAGUACUUCAAAGGACUGUGAUCCAACAAAGCCUGACAGUAAACAGAACUUUGUUAAAUGGUCUUCAAACUAUGAUACUGAGAAUAGGACACUUGGGGACAACAUGGAAUCAGAAAGCAACCAUCAGAAAACAUUAAUGAAGGUUAAGCGCCAUAGAAGAUGGGAAAUAGGAAAGGUGAAAGCAGUUCAUUGGACACGAUAUUUGCUUCAAUUCACGUCUAUAGAGAUUCAUUUCCAUGAUUCCAUGCCCCCAAUCUUUCUAAAUUUUGCAUCCCACAAGAGUGCAAAAGAUUUUGGGACUUUAAUAGUUGCUACCAGGAAUGAAUUAUUGUUUCCGAAGGGAACUAGUAGGGACAAGGCUGGGAUGAUUUCAUUUGUCGAUAGACGUGUAGCUUUGGAGAUGGCGGAAACUGCCAGAGAUAGUUGGAGAAGGAGAGAGAUUACUAACUUUGAAUACUUGAUGAUUCUCAACACCCUGGCAGGCAGAUCGUAUAAUGAUUUGACUCAGUAUCCUGUUUUCCCUUGGGUGUUGGCUGACUACUCAUCUGAGUCGCUUGAUUUUAACAAAGCGUCAACAUUCCGUGAUCUUUCCAAACCUGUCGGAGCUCUGGAUUUAAAACGGUUUGAGAUUUUUGAGGACAGAUACCAUAGUUUCUCUGAUCCUGAUAUUCCUAGUUUCUAUUAUGGGUCCCAUUAUUCAAGUAUGGGAAUUGUCCUGUAUUACCUUUUGAGGCUGGAGCCAUUCACAUCACUUCAUCGUAGUCUACAGGGUGGUAAAUUUGAUCAUGCAGAUCGUCUUUUUCAAAGCAUUGAGGGCACAUUUCGGAACUGCCUGUCCAACACAAGUGAUGUAAAAGAAUUAAUCCCUGAAUUCUUCUACAUGCCAGAGUUCCUAGUGAAUUCCAACUGCUACCAUCUUGGAGUGAAACAAGAUGGCGAACCUCUUGGAGAUAUUUGUCUACCUCCAUGGGCUAAGGGUUCUCCAGAGCUGUUCAUUGCUCGUAACAGAGAAGCUCUAGAGAGCGAGUAUGUUAGCUCACAUCUCCAUAAUUGGAUUGAUUUGAUUUUUGGAUACAAACAACGUGGUAAACCAGCCGUUGAGGCAGCAAAUAUCUUUUAUUACCUAACAUAUGAAGGUGCCGUUGAUCUGGAAAAUAUGGAAGACGAGUUGCAAAGAUCAGCUAUUGAAGAUCAGAUUGCUAAUUUUGGUCAAACUCCAAUCCAGAUCUUCCGUAAGAAACAUCCAAGACGAGGACCACCUAUUCCAAUUGCACAUCCCCUGCACUUUGCGCCCGCUUCUAUUAGUUUGACUUCCAUUCUUCCUGCUACAACACAUCCACUAUCAGCAGUUCUAUACAUUGGUUUAGUGGAUUCAAAUAUAGUUCUAGUUAACCAGGGUCUCACCUUAUCAGUGAAGAUCUGGUUGACUACUCAACUUCAGUCCGGUGGAAAUUUUACUUUUUCUGGCUCCCAGGAUCCAUUCUUUGGAGUUGGUUCCGAUGUUCUACCUCCUCGAAACAUUGGAAAUCCAGCAGCAGAUAAUAUUGAACUUGGAUCACAGUGCUUUGCCACAAUGCAAACACCAUCUGAAAAUUUCCUGAUUUCAUGCGGGAACUGGGAGAACAGUUUUGAUGUCAUAUCCUUGGCAGAUGGACGGGUUGUCCAGAGCAUCCGACACCAUAAAGAUGUUGUCAGCUGUGUCGCAGUGACAGCUGAUUCAACCAUCCUUGCAACUGGUAGCUAUGAUACGACUGUAAUGGUGUGGGAGAUUGUCCGUACGAGAACAUCCGAGAAGAGAGUUAAAAAUUCACAUGCGGAGGUACUCCGGAAAGACCAUGUCGUGGCCGAUGCUCCUUCCCAUAUUCUAUGUGGCCACGAUGAUAUUAUCACUUGCUUAUAUGUCAGCGCCGAUCUUGAUAUAGUCAUCAGUGGGUCAAAAGAUGGAACUUGCGUGUUCCACACGUUAAGGGAAGGAAGAUACGUAAGGUCACUGAAACAUCCUUCAGGUGGUGCAGUGUCGAAGCUUGUUGCCUCCCAGCACGGCCGGAUUGUUCUGUAUGGGGAUGAUGAUCUGAGUCUGCACCUAUUCUCCAUUAACGGGAAGCAUCUGGCAAGCUCCGAGUCCAAUGGCCGAAUCAAGUGCCUUGAACUGAGCAAGUGUGGAGAAUUCUUGGCCUGUGCAGGUGACCAAGGACAGGUGGUUGUCUGGUCAAUGAACACACUCGAAGUAGUUAGAAGGUACAACGGUAUCGGGAAAGUAAUCACCUCUCUGACGGUAACUCAAGAAGAAUGCUUCUUGGCUGGGACGAAAGACGGGAACCUUCUGGUUUAUUCUAUAGAGAACCCGCAACUUCGGAAACCCGGCUUACUAUGGAGCUCAAAAUCAAAAUCUGGUGUUGCAGGGUAAGAUCUGAUGCUGAGUUCUGUCUGUAAAUGUUAUUGUCUGGUCCAUAUUUUGGAUGGUGGAGGGGAGGGGAUGAUGCUUGAUAGGGUCAGUAGUAAUGGUGUUUUACUGACAUCCCAAAGAAGAGGGAUGGACACUGGCUUGUACAUGUGCAGUAUACUUGAAAAAGAAUCUUAACUGUUAGAUUAGGGAAGAAGAAAAACUAGAGAAGUGUUGAUUGAUGUAAGAAUACCACAGUGUUUGCAUAGAACAGUCUCUGGAUUUGUCUGAAGAGGUAAAACUGUAUACUAUACUUCAUCAGGAGAGAAAAAAAACAUUCCAAUUAGAGUAGGGCUAAGCUUUUUACUGCCUAUAGUUGUUGAUUUUAUUGUCUGUAUAAUUAAGAUGUCAAUUAUUGCUUUUUCA